AUGGGUGGUGGCAAAGGCAAAAAACGUUCAAGAGAAGAGGACGAGGAAGAAGUUGUUAAAAUUAACAAGUCAACAAGUUUGUUUCUUGCCUGUCGAGAUUUUAUGGGUGUGACAGCCCAACAACUGAAGGAAUUGGUGGAAAAACAUGGCUUCCCUGUGACAGCUGUCAACAAAAUUGAUAAAAAGAAGUUUGGUUUUGUAGACAUCGGAUCAGAAGAUAAGUUAAAUGAACUUUGCUCUAAGCUAAAAGGACAGAUGUUUAAAAAUUCCGUCAUCGUGGCCGAUAGAGUCAAAGAGAAUAAAGAAGUUGAGAAGAAUAAAGAAUCACAACCUGUAGAAUCAAUAUCACUCCUCGAUCGACUUCUCUGCGUCAAGGGACUCACAAAAUUUGUUAGCAAGAAAACGCUGGUUGAUGUCUUCAAGAAAUCCGAAUCUGUGGUUAUCCCUAGUUCGAAGGGGAAUGCCCUGAGAGAUGCGCUAAUCAUUUUCCACAAGCCUGAGGAAGUCUCUAGAGCCAUAAAAGAGUACCAAGGCUGGGAGCUGGGUGGAGAAAAGCUGAAGCUGGAGAGGUUGAUCUCUGUGGCAUCCAACGAAAAUGACCUCACCAUAAAUGACGUCAUCAAUAAUAAUGAUAAUAAAAGUAAUAAUAACAAUGAUGUUGAUGGUGGGAAGAAGAAGAAUAAGAAAAAUAAGUCAGCCACCGCCACAAAUGAUGAUGAUGAUGAUGUCAAGAAAAUUCCAAAGCCAGAUAAGAUGGAGGAAGAUGAAGAUGUUUCUAAGGAGGCUACUGAGCCUUUGAAGAAAAAAAUAAAAAAAUAA